AUGAAAUGCAAGGAUGAUGAAGUGGUGCUGCAGUGUGUCGCCGCCAUCCAGAAGGAGAAUCGCAAAUUCUGCCUCUCAGCAGAAGGACUAGGCAACCGCCUGUGUUAUCUGGAGCCCACAUCAGAGGCGAAGUAUUUUCCUCCUGACCUAUGCAUCUGUAACUUUGUGCUGGAGCAAUCGCUCUCAGUGAGGGCUUUGCAGGAGAUGCUAGCAGGGCAGAGCGGUGAAGGGUAUUCAACUCACGUCUACACUGUGUAG